GCCAUGGUGUUGGUGCUGCGAGCCCUGCUGCCCUGCCUCUGCACCCUGCUCGCCCUGGACCUGCUGCCGGGGGUGUACCCCGCCGUCCCCCUGGAGGACUUCUAUCCCUUUGGCCAGGACAAGGGGGACCUGCAGACCAUCGCUCAGGACGACGGAGGCUCCAGGCUCGUGGAGAUCUCUGUUGCAUUCCCCUUCUUUGGAGACAGGCACACGGGACUCUAUGUCAACAACAAUGGCCUCGUAUCUUUCCUGAGGGAGGUGUCUCAAUUCACGCCCGUAGCUUUUCCGAUCGCUGGGGACAGGAGGGUCGUCGCGCCAUUCUGGGCGGAUGUGGACAACCGCCGGGCCGGGAGAGUCUUCUACAGAGAGAGCCAGGCGCCCUCCGUCCUGAGCCGGGCCUCGGCCGAUGUCAGGACGUACUUCUCAGAGUUCCCCGGCUUCAACGCGACGUGGGUCCUCGUCUCGACAUGGCACCAAGUGACUUUCUUCGGAGGCAGCUCCCUCACGCCGGUAAAUACUUUCCAAGUGGUGCUUAUUACAGACGGAGAGCUUUCCUUCACUAUAUUCCAGUACAAUAACAUCACUUGGACCACAGGCAUGCAUGCCAGCAGCGGAGGAAACCUGGCCGGGCUGGGAGGGAUCGCAGCGCAGGCAGGUUUCAACGCCGGUGACGGCAAGCGCUACUUCAACAUCCCUGGCUCUCGCACGGCCGAUGUGGUGAACGUCGAGGGGACCACCAACGUAGGCUACCCAGGCAGAUGGGUCUUCCGUUUGGACAAAGCACACGUGGAAGUGGGCGGCUGCAAUAACUCUGCAUCAGUGUGCCCACACCUGCGACCGUGCCUGAACGGAGGCCAGUGCAUCGAUGACUGCAUUACAGGAAACCCCUCCUUCACUUGCUCGUGCUUGGCUGGCUUCACCGGUCGACGGUGCCAGAUUGAUGUCAAUGAAUGUGCCUCACACCCUUGCCAGAAUGGAGGGACGUGUAAAGACCAGAUUAACGGUUUCAUCUGCCAGUGUCCUCCUGGAUACACUGGGAUGCUGUGUGAAACAGACAUUGACGAGUGCAAAGAAAGGCCGUGCCUCAACAACGCGUCGUGUGUACAAGGCACCGGCAGUUUCACCUGUGUGUGCGAACCCGGCUACACUGGUGCACUGUGCGAGACAGACAUAAAUGAGUGCGAGUCGCAGCCCUGUCUGAACGGAGGAGAGUGCAUCGAUCGGGUGGCCAACUUCACCUGCGUCUGUCCCGCUGUCGUCACCGGGACGCUCUGCGAGACAGAAGUGGUGGCGCUCCAGCUGAAUUCAACCGAGGCAGUUAACCAAACAGCUUUGUGUGAAGGGGAUGACUGCGAGACACACCAGAUCUGUGAAUACGCCGGCUCCGGGACUGACAACUGCACGUGCGCUCCGGGCUUCUACGGCGACAAGUGUGAAGAGGAAUGUCUUUGCGAGAACGGGGGUGUCUGUGUGGACAUCAAUGGGACUUGUGAAUGCCCCUCGGGCUACACAGGACCCUACUGUCAGUUUGAAGUUACCCAGAUGCCCUGCAGCAACAGCAGGACGUGUCCCGAUGGAGGCCCUUGCUUGGAGUACGGGGGAGCCUACCUGUGUACAUGUCAGACGAGCGCAGCAGAACUAGACCCCAAGGACUUCUACCCCUAUGUACAGCCCCGAUCGGUCUGCGACUCCUCUCCAUGUCUGAAUGGGGGCUACUGCUACGAGCGGGACGGAGGCUACACCUGCGAAUGCAAAUACGGAUACUGGGGGAAGCACUGUGAGAAAGUCAGACUUAAUACGUGUGCCUCUGGCCCCUGCCGCAACGGAGGCUCCUGUAAGGAAGAGGCGGGCAGCUACAGAUGUGUGUGUCCCUACAGGUUCACUGGAAAACACUGUGAAGUGGGGAAGCCAGACCCCUGUUCGUCCAGCCCGUGUCUAAAUGGAGGGACGUGUUUUCACUAUAUAGGAAAGUAUAAAUGUGAAUGCACUGAGGCGUUCAGCGGCAGACACUGUGAUAUAAGCAGGAGCUCACUUCAACCAUCUGCAGGACUGAGCUGCGGGCCGCCGCCGCCCGUGAAGCACGCCGAGGUCCAGUUCUUCUUGACAACACCGGGCUCCAUGGCUGUGUAUAUAUGCCACUCGGGCUUCAUGUCGGUGCCCAGAGCCACCCAGAGCAUCUGUGGGAUUCAGGGAGACUGGAGCCAGCCACCCGUUUGUGAGGAGAUCAAUGCGUGUGUGUCGCAGCCUUGCCUUAAUGGUGGUACGUGUCAAAACAAGGGCGGAUCCUACCAGUGUGUGUGUAGUGAUGGCUUCAGUGGGAACCGCUGUCAAACAGACAUAAAUGAAUGCCUGUCGGAGCCCUGUAAGCAUGGGGGGACGUGUGAGGACCAGCCCGGCUCCUACUUGUGCCACUGUCCACAAGGCUUCAAAGGCCCAGACUGUGAAAUGGAGCAGGACGCGUGUGACUCCAACCCCUGUCUGAACGGAGGAGCGUGUCGGGGUUACAGGAGGCAUUAUGUGUGCGUGUGCAAAGGGGGGUUUUUCGGGGACCAGUGCCAGAUGUUGGAGGACCCGUGUGUACUGCAGCUCUGUGGGAACCGCGGCGUCUGCCGGACUGACAGGAGAGGAAACUACAACUGCCUUUGCAAAACGGGAUACACAGGCAAAGACUGUGAGAAAGACCUGUUGCCCCCCUCUGGUCUCCAUGUGCUGCGAGUGGAGGAGAACGAAGUGGAGCUGCGCUGGGACGAGCCGGAGCCCUCGCACAGCCUGAUCAGCGGGUUCGCCGUCACCUACGCGCCCCUGGGGGGGAGGGGCGACCCCAAAACAGAUUACCUGGACAGGCAUCAGUCCACCCACGUCAUGCGAGGCCUGGUCCCCGGCCUGCUGUACAACAUCUCCACCUUCUCCGUCAAGCGCAGCACCAGCAGGAAAGACUCCAGCCAGCCAGCCACCGCACUCAUACGCACCAGACCUCGGCGGGUGGAGCAGCUCCAGGUGGUCAACGUGUCCUCGUCUCAGGUCUGGCUGAGUUGGCUGGUCCAGGCAGCUCGUCACGCAGCAGUCAGCAGGGUGCAUGUGUCUUUGCUGCCCUCGGACGGGACUGAGGCUCGCACUGCAGUGCUCAACACCAGCACCGCUGAAUACACCUUCAGUUCAUUGCUUCCUGGUCAGAUGUACACAGUGGACGUUCUGACACAAAGUGGAAUCAGACCGGAUGAGUUUCCCUCCACCAGCCACUCAGCUGGACCACUGGCAUUCUGGACAAGGCCUCUCCCCCCACAGAACCUCUCCCUGUCACAUGUGACCACUAACUCAGCACUGAUCACCUGGAGCCGCCACCCGAGAAGUGUCCCCGACGGCUUUGUGGUCAACGUGACCCGAGGCUUGAACACCAGGAGUCGCUUCCUGCCCAACGGGAAGUUGGGAUCAUAUACCCUCCGCGAGCUGACGCCAGGACAGCACUACUAUCUGGCUCUCACGUCCGUCAAAAGCACAGGGCAGGAACAGAUCCACAGCGCACCUCAGCACUUAGCCUUCUCAACCUUGCCAAUGGAGGCCAGAUCACCGAGGAGAGAGAGGCCAGCGUCUGGACGCACACCUCCCUCGUCUCAGCCACAGGACCUGGGAGGCACAGCAGAGACAGACAACUCACAGGAAUUCCCCAGAUACACAGAGCUCAUCGACAGGAGGGGAAAGAUCACGGCCAAGUUCCCUCACUUACCGAGAAAAGCCGUUCGACAUCGUAAUAAGCCAGAGCCACCGAUUAGAUUAGAGAAGAUGGAAGAAACAACAAACAAAAUCAGCCUCGCACUGGAGAUUCAAGAAGAAGGGUUGAGGACGAAGCCUGAGUUGCCCCAGGACUGCCGCGGUGUGCCCUGCCAGAACGGGGGUACGUGUGUGGACGGAGGAGACUCCUUCAUCUGCGACUGCGCAGCGGGGUUCAAGGGCCGACAGUGUGAACUGUCGUGCCAGCGAGUGCCACACCCGUGUACCCGCAUCUACUCGGAAACAAAGAGUGUGCCGAUGUGGGAAGAUGGAGUCUGCCACUACCUGUACAAAAGAACGUAUAAAGUGCAGCAGGACGUCUGCUAUCGAGAGAUCUGUGAACCGGUGCUUCCCAAGAAAAGUCAGACUAGAAGAACACACAGACAACAAUAAAGGGCACUUGGAUACUAAUGAAAGGACUGUCAUCGCUGUCAUGUGAAAAACCUCCUUACUUCAAUUUCGGUGUUUAUAAUCUACUUGAACUGAUUAUGGUCAUAUUUUGUGCUGAAAGCCCCACGUCAGGUCCCGCUGUAACAUUUCAGACACAGAUCGUCAUUCAUCUGAAAAAUGAGGUCCCGUUUGUCAAACGAGAGCUGCGUCCGCGGCCCCCGUGCCUCACAAAGGCUCCAGUCGGCCCAAUGAAAACGCCCCCCCCCCAAAGUCGUUUAUCACCUGCGAUGUUUGACGACUGAUGUUUCAUACAAACUCUUUGUAUGAGAAUGUUAAUGGUAAGCAGUCCACUGCAGAGCACCACAUAUCUUAUAUACCUCAUUUCCAUGUCCGUGCUGACACAUUAGUGAGGUUUUGUUUUGUUUUUUAAUAUUUGUGAUUGAGCUGCAGGUUUGUCCCUCAGGGAAAUAACUGUGGAGUGUUCUGAGUCCCAGGCUUUUCCCUAUAGCCGUCAUGUCAUCUCUUUUUUACAAAGAUGAUGGGAAAUGUAUUUUUAUUUCUACACCCCAGAAAAUUCAUCUCUCCCUCUGACAAUGGUGCACAGUUUAUUUUCUGUGUAUAAAAUACCUUUCUCUGUGUCUAGGCAGGCCUCGGUGCUCGCUCCUCUGUACAUAGUGUUCAUAGGCCAUUUUGUAGGUGAAUAUUUUAAUAAUAAAAAUGUUAAAAUGU